UAGAGCUGGAAUUAGAGAAAUGCCAGAAUUCUUCCAUGCGCUACCUGGCCCUUUGCGUCGUUCGGUUCAACUUGAUCUUCACUGGGAAAUGCUACGACAUUCACAGCUUUUUCGCAGCCAAGAUAUAGCUUUUAAACGUGCGCUUAGCUGUACAAUGAGACAUCAAUAUUUUCUUCCGGGUGAAUAUGUGUUUCGGGUAAACAGAUACUCAGCAAAAAUGAUCUACAUAGCUUCCGGCGUUUUGCAAGUAUUGACUGAAGAUGAUGCGGAAACUCCGAUAUUGUCAUUAUCAAGUGGGAGUAUAUUAGGUGAAGGAAAACUACUCAUACCCUCGACGUGUCGAGCAGACAUUCGUACUGCAACUCAUUCUGAAGUGCACAUAUUGGAUGCGACGAGUCUUUACAGGCUAUUGAAUUUGUAUCCCAAAGUAGCAGCUCAUCUUCACCAUAAACGAACCGCACGCACUGUGAUUGCUGAAAACCUAAAUAGACUGAAACACGGGCAGGUACGACGUUAUAAAACUAUAUCAGAACAUAAUGGAAUAAGUUGGAUGAAAACGCAAUGGCACGUAAUUGAAGAGGCAUCGAAAUAUGGUAACAAUCACUUAUCAAUAGAUUUAAUACCAAUCGAUGGAACAAGGACUUCGCGAUACCUUGAAUUAUUAGCUCUGAGUGAAAGAGUAGAAUUAAUGUCAAAUGCCGUAUGCUUGAGAAUGAACUGCCCGUGUAUUCUUGAACCAGAAUCAAAUUUUCUCAACUGGUGGGAAAAAUUUAAUGCCUUUGUGUCCCUUGUCAUUAUUUUGUUGUAUCCAUACUAUAUAACAUUCACUCUAACUUUCCCCAAUUGGCUCCUAUUAUUGGAUACUAUGUUUGUCAUAACCAAAAGUAUUGAUAUAUUUAUACAAGCUUCCACUGCGGUGAAGCUGGAGAAUCGACUCCGAAUAGUCGACAUUGGACAUUUACUGAGACUACGACUACAGACACUGUCUUUCAUCAUCGACAUUAUUGUUAUAUUGCCGAUAGAAUUGUUUAUGAUGACAUUCGGAACACAUUCUGCUGCUGAAGACGUACCUUAUUACUCGUAUUCGGCUUACAGAAUCAACAGACUCUUGACGAUUUAUAGAUUAUAUAAGUACAUACUAAAACUGGAAGAACAUUCAGAAACCAACAUAGAAUUGUUGAAAUCGUGUAGGUCAGUUUUUACGUACGCGAUUGCUGCAUAUUGGCUGGCGACUGCAACGUACUACGGCAGUUGUCGCUUAAGAGGAUGUGGUGUAGAUUCGUGGAUUGGUUAUUACACCAAACACGAAGAAGAAACUUAUGGUAAAAAAGAAUUGUUCUACAAUCCUUUAAUAACUACUAUGUACUAUAUAUUCAAUACUCUAACAAGUUUGGGUGUAUCUAAAUUGAUGCCUAGAAACAAUUGGGAGAUUUUAGAAUUGGAUGGAGUAAUAAUAUUAAGUUUAAUUAUGUACGUUUACUUUUGCGCUGAAUUGGGAGCGACACACAUAAUUUAUUACGAGAGUAAAAAUUCUGCUACAGAGCACCUCAAGUUGGUCACUCGAUUUUUAAAACUUCAUGGAAACUCAUCAGACAUUUCAACGCGCGUUCGAGAUCACCUCGGCACGCAGUGGGAAUAUAAGAAAUCGAAUAGGAAUGACAACAAAAGAUUGUUAACCAAUGUAUGUCAAGAUCUGUAUGAUAAAAUAAUUAUUCACAACAUCAUGAAAACUUUGAGAGCUGUGCCCAUAUUUUAUGAAGGAGACGAAAGUUUUUUGGAAAUAUUAGCUAAAAAGGCAAAGGUAUUUCUCCUUACGAAAGAUACAAUGAUCGCCCAAGCUGGGUUAAAAACCACAGCUAUGUAUGUGAUACGAAAUGGAUACUGCCAAGUCGUUUCUGCGUUACCAAGCGAUGUGGAUAGGGACAGAAGCGAAAUCGUUGGCCCUGGAUCAAUGGUACUGGUCGUUGAAUUUCUGCAUGAUACUAAUAAUCUGGCUGAUAUACAUACCAUAACAACGUGUGAGAUCAUAUCAAUACAGCGAACUGAUUUCUGGAAUACCCUCAACAUGUUUCCUGAGUUCAAAGCCCAAUUUGAGAAUGCCAUCGACUACAGUUAUUUCACUGGUAAGACUAUAGAAAACUUGAGCGCAAGAAGUGGGAGCAACAAAAUAACCAGGUACCCAAAUUGGACAAAUUUAGAUGAAAAAGCAAUCAUCUCGGAUUAUAUGGCACCGUUCAAAAGGAUCGGAAUGUUUUCUUUUAUUCGUCAUUUAAUGUUACGACGUGGCAUAAAUCCGCACGGAAAAAACUUCCGGCAUUGGGAAGAAUUUCGCGAAGUCGUAUGCUUUCUAAGCGCAUUAUUUUAUCCAAAGUUCUUCACAUCACUAGUACCAUAUCCUCAUGCACGUUUAGCCGGUUACAUGUUUGACGUUGUAGGGUUUGUAGAUAUUUAUCUUCGCUUGCACCUUUCUUACUACAACGUAAACGGCAUUAUCGUCACUCAUCCUCUCUGGACCACAUUGCACUACAUGACCACUAGCUUCAUUACAGAUAUUAUAAUGAGUACACCGCUGGAAUUAUUUGGAUUACAAAAUACAUUCGGUAGUCAAAAUACCCAUUUGACAAAGGCCUGGUUUUACUUAAUCACACGACCGCUUUUACUUUUUCGAAUCUUUGGUAGAUUUGCCACAAUAAAGGAUGAUAUCAAGCAUAAUCACACAUGUGUGGCUUACUUUCGGUUUUUACUGACAGCUGGAGUUAUGUUGAAUGCUUUGUCGUGUGCCAAUAUGCUGUACAACUGUGAAUUUCUACAUGAUAACGGUGUGUAUCGUAACAUUGAAUGUACUUCGUACUCCUGGUUUUCAAUGUCCCAAUUUAAACAAUAUAACGAUCCUUUAUCAGUCUACUUGAUAUCUGUGUAUUUUCACUCUACUUUUAUGUUUCGUUGUGGUAAUGGGGUAAUAUUAGUGGUAACAACUCUAGAAAUGAUCGUCAUCAUGCUAGUUUGCAUGACAUUGAUACCUGCAUGGUGGUUGAUGAUUGCCCAGAUUACCUCCAACAAAGUUGGAGGUGAUCUUAGUCUCGCGGAUUACCGUCAAGAGAUGCAAGCGAUGCUCAGAUAUUUGAGAAACGAGGACGUUUCUUCAGUAUUAAUACUGCUAUCUAUCGAGGAGGUAGAACACCGUUGGAAGUGCUCCAAAGGAUUGAACUGGAAGAAGCUCUUUAAAACUUUACCCUCCCAGCUUCAUGAAGAGGUAGCAGUCGAACUGCAUGGCCCAGCGUUGGCCAAAGUUAAUCUACUCAAAGAUCAGGAUUUUAGCGCAACAAGAUUACUGGCCUGUCGAGUCGAAAACACGUGCUACCGCAAAGAUACGCCAAUUAUUCAACGCAAUGAGGUCCAAGGUAACAUUUACAUUAUCAAGAGCGGACUCGUCGAUAUUUUGGCAGCUGAUGACACUUUAAUCUGCUCACUUGGGCCUGGCGGUAUUUUUGGUUCGUUCAUGAGAAAAAAGCCUGUGAGACACACAAUGCAAAUGAUGGCAUCUGGCCAUACUUCCCUAUUUGUUAUAUCGGCUGAAGAAUUUUAUAACGUACUGGAUCACUUUCCCGUUAUACAGGAAAGACUAUCUCGUGCCACGGCAAUGGAUGCAGAGUUUGUGGAUAUAGUUGCAGCAGCGUCAAACUUGGAGAAUAUGGAGAAGAAAGUAAGAUCCCACAAUAAAACCUGUCAUGGGCUGAUUUGUAUUUCAACAAAGUCGAGAUGGCACAAACAUCUGCACUGGAUUAUAUGUGUCCCUGUAUCAAUGAUUAGCGUGUAUCUAGUGACAUCUCAAAUCGCUUUGCAAGUUUUAACCAUGCCUGUUAAUUCCCUGAUUUACACCUGUGACUUUUGUUUCUUUAUCAAGAUAUUCGUUGGCUUUCACACAAAUUUUGCUGACGAAAAUUUAAAUGCUUCCAUCAAUAAUUACAAGCAGAUGGUAAAAAAAUACUUUGUCAAAUGGAACUUAUUUUGGCUAGACCUGCUGUGCUGUAUUCCAUUCGAAGUAUUAGCGUAUUCCGUCGACGAAUCCCGAGUGAAGGCUAGACUUCUUACAGUUCUGAAGUUAAAUCGACUCCUCAGAUUAUGUCACAUAUAUCAUUUUCAAACCGAGCACCAACGGCAGUUGGACAUAAAUCCAGUGAAACGUAGCAUGUUUCUUUGCGCAACAAAUAUCUUGUUUGUUCACAUGGGUGUUUGUCUGUGGAUAUUGAUUGCAUGUCACGAAUCAGGGUGUAAACAUAACAUCCCACCAAAUCACGAGGAGCGCCUCGUCUCCUCGAGGUUCCAGGCUAUGCUUCUAGCUUAUCAGUAUAAUUUCGAUCUACUGACCUCAGUUGGAUCUCAUGACGUUCAGCCGACCACAAUACCAGAAGUACUGGUAACGAUAUUUUUGAUACUAGUUUAUCAAGUAAUGGCAUUGAAUUUACUAACAACUUUGGCUACAUUCAUUCACUUUGCUCAAUAUACAUUCACGAAUUUUGAAAUCCAAGUUCAAAGGCUCUAUUCAUUUAUGGAAAGUAAAUCUCUCUCUCCUAUCUUACUGCAACGAAUAUGGGAAUACUGUUUGCAGCAGUGGCUGAGACAACAAGGGGCAUGGAUGCCCAGCAUGAUCUUGAGCAUGCCCAAUUUCUUACAAAAUCAAAUUAUGUUUGACAUAUAUGGCUACUUACUAACCGAAUCCGAAAUAUUUCAUGGAUUGCACGAAGAUUUCCUGUAUCAGCUCACAGCUAGGAUGAAGCGCUGUGUUUAUUUUCCGAAAAAUUACAUUGUUCAAGCUGGUGAUAUCGACCAUACAAUGUAUUUUAUACACUCUGGAAAAGUUCAAGUUUUCGACAAGGCUAAGCCCAGUAUGAGAGGGCUCGGAAGUAUUCUUGGAGUCAAACAAGGUGUAACUACAGCUCUUCCUCAUUUCAACGACGUCAUUGCACUGACAGUGACAGACAUCAUGAGCUUGCAUAAAGAUGCAUGGAAAGAUUUACUUGCGGAAUUUCCUUCUGCUAGAAUAAUUCUUUAUGAUAGAAUUGCGCAGAUGACAGAAUUUUACUAAAUUAUUACAGCGUGUGUAAAAUUUUUUAAAAUUCACAUUCUGUGUAUUAAGAAUUGCGCAUUGUUUUGGAGGUGGUUCAUUUCUUGUAAGUUUCAGAGCAAUCAUGUAUAUUUACAAUAUGCUAGGUUUAUGCAGAAUUUAAAGAGUAAGUUUUGAUAAUUUUCUAG